CUAUUGCACGUUGCCUGAUUUAUGACACAACUUACAAAAUUGAAAUUGCAGUCCUAAGUAGUGUCAUUGUCGCAAGUUGACCUUGCCUUGGGGAAGAGGUCACAGGUCAUUCGGGUCAUUGUCUCGAAAUUUACGUGCCAGGACUCCCACGACCACGACCAUGGCUCCAACUGGUGGUGGUGGACGACCCCCUCUUGCUGAAAACACGCCUUCUGUCUCCAGCCUGGCACCGGGCAUUUUGGAGGCAUCCAGAGGAGGGCAUUCGCCAGCGAAAAAUAUCUUCUGGCUAUCUUCACUUUUACACCUGGAGGGGAAGCCAAAGAACCAAAAACAGCGUUUGGCAGCUGCAGCAAGGGCGAGUGCUCUCCGACGAAGUUUCAUCAGAGGCGGGACUUUCCAAAGAAGGCGACAAAGCGGCCUGUAGCGCCGUUGCCUCUGUGCCGGUGCAUGGAGAUGGCCGAGCCUGCCUCUGGGCCGCCGGCAGUGCUGAGACCGCAGAGGGUGCCAACGCCGGCCAACCUAUACCUGGCUGCUCUCCGCUAAUACGAUGUCGCGGAUUUUAUGCCUGGCCUGGCCGACUCGCCCAGCUACGGCGGCACGCUGUCUCUUUGCGGCCCGCUGCGGCGGCUGCUGCGCGCCGCGGACGAUGCGCGCGCGGCUGCGGCGGCUGGCCGCCCGGUGGCUGCCGUUUGAACCUACGUGCGUGCGCCGACUGGACAGGAGCUGGGACCGGCGGCUCACCACUCUGCACAUGGCCGAACUGUGCACUGCCACCGACCGAGGGCUUGGUAACAUAUUGUUUCUGGAAUGUUCACGGGUUCCACCCCUGCUCAAAGACUUAAUAAGUGCGCCGAAACUCGUCAGCAUCUUGGGAACUACACCGGAGUGCACCUGCUGCGGCUGCUGCUCGGACCGCCGUGCACUCUGAACGUCCGUAACCUGGUGUGGCACGGCUUUCUGGUGCUGGGGCUCGCUACGCGCCCUCUGCGGGGACGCCGUGCUCUGUCAGCUCUGUGACCUGCUCGUGUGGCCGGCCGGGCCGCGGCUGCGCGACCGGCUGGCGCACGGCGAGGUGGAGCCGGCGCGACUGCCGGCGCCGCUGGCGCACCAGCUGCUCUGGCUGGUCGGUCAGCUGCUGGUCACCACCGCUGACUGGGCGGAGCGGCAGCCGGCGCCGGCCGGCGGCACAGCGCAGCACUCUGGGGACGGGGCCGAGCAGCACUAGACUAGCAGCGGCUCGUGGUUAACUGGUCCGACCUGGAGCCAGCCGGCCAUCAGAGAGCUGGAGGCAGCUGAUGAUUGUGAAAUGAGUGAGUUGGACAGCUGUGCCACGCUGUCAGACUCCCGUCGACUGCGACGAGUGUGGGACUCGCACGGGCUGUGUCACUGACCAAAAUACUCUUUUUAUGUGUGGUGACCGGUCAGACUAUUUGACACAGACUAGCCAGGGUGUGUCACGAACUUCUGACAGUGAACGCCAGUCAGUGCUUAGAUGUGGGGACGCGUCCAUCGAAUCGAGCGACGCUGAUGCACCGUGUGACAGUGUGCGUUUUCCGGGCGAGUUCGUUGCGCUGUGUGCCGGUCGUGCGCGGGACUGGUACCACCCGUCGUUCCACCAGUUCUCAGUGCUCCAGCGCGCCGUGCGCGAUCUCAGUGCCGCCGCCGAGGAGACUGUGCGCCGCGAGCUGCCGCCCGAGGACCUGCCGGCGCUGACCCGGCUGGAGCCGCUGGCUGACGGCGCGCUGUCGCUGCGUCCGCCGACCCUGCGCCGGCCGCGCCGGGAGGCCGAGCUGCAGCAGCUGGUGGUGGCCCUGGACGGCGCCUGCCCCCUGGUGGCGGGUGGCAGCUGCGGGAGCCACGUGACGCCGUCUGCGCUCUCGGCAGCGCGCCAUCUGGGGCCGCAUGCAGACCGCGUUGCCAGAGCUGCGUCGUCUGACGUCGGGUCUGCUGCGACUGGUGACGCGCCAGAGGACGCGCUGGUCACCGCCGCGAGCCCGGAUCGAGACGGACACGGAGACAGUUCCGAACGGAGCCUCCCUCACCAGGUCUCUGAAUGGAGCUGCGUUCCGGUGGGCGGCUGGCUGCGCUCUCUCGGUCUGGCCCAGUACGCCGACGCGUUCGUCGCCCGCUCUGUGGAUGGCGCCCGGCUUCUGGGGCUCACCGAACAGGCUAUGGAAGACGAGCCCGACGUCGGUCUCGACGUGGCGACCUCGAAGCCAGCGUGUUGGGUCUCGGCUUCCCGCCACUCACCGGCGGACCUUUCCGCUUCGAGGACCGCAUCGGUCCCGCACAGCUAGUCAAGGACAUGGAGCGCUUCGCCGUCGUCAGUGGCGUCGGCUUCGAGCCGUGCCUGACCGUGCACUACCAGGCCGCUAGCGGCACCAAGUUCUGUUCGGCCGGGCCUCGUGUAAUGCCCACAUGUGAUGACCGAGAGUAUACGCAUGUGAAGCCGCUCCGCGCGUGUGCCAGCGCUGGGCGUGUUCAGUUUCACAGUUAAUAUAUAACCCUGGUGAUCAA